AUGAAGAAACAACCCGGCUGGAAGGCCGGUGGUAAGCUUUUGGACAAAACCGUGUUCGGAUUUUUCGACAACUUUAGCAACGUCGACGGUGAGGUGCGGAUCCGUGGUGCCUGCGAUCUGAUCGAGUUCCUGCACAAGGAUGGUUGCAAUACUGGUAGCAAAAAGACUGGCCCAAGCGUUAACGGAACGGCGGUGGCUUCUUCGAAAACGGCUGAAAAGGCGUACACCCUGAAGCGGUUGGUUCGUGGUGUCGGCUCUCCCAGCAAUGCCUCGAAGACGGGUUACUAUACGGCACUGGUGGGAUUUUUGCAACGAGCAAGCGGGCAGGACGAUUGCCCUACGAUAACGGAACUGUUCGGUCUGGUCAAAUCGGAACUGGCCGAUAGCGAGCACGACCCGAGCGAGUCGGUUGAUGCGAAGGAACGCAAUCGGUUUGAGGUGCGGCUCGGCAAAGUCCUUGUUUGUGGUGCUAUCAUCAAGGCAGGACUAAUCGAGAAAGCUAGCGACUCGGAGCUACAAAGCGUGCUUUCCACACUCCGGGCGGCCAUGUACAAAAUGUUGGUUCCUCUGGUCUGGACUUACCUCAACGAAGUGGCCGCACGGAUCAGUGGUGCCAAGUUUGCGAAACUGUUCUGGCCGCUGUUUGAACCGGUACUUAACGUACCUAAGGAACAGCACACGAUGGACUCGGUCUACUUUCUGGUGCUCCUGCUCGACGGUCCGCACCGGGAGAUGGUAAACAAGAAGUACUUUGUGCGGAACUUUGGUGCUCCUUCGCUGCUGCACGAGAAAGCUUUCCCGUACCUGGGUGAACUCCUGUUCGGGAUUGAAUCUGCGAUGGGCAUCAAUCAUCCGUUCUUCAACUGUCUGUUGGAGAAGUUGCUUAAAAUGGAAGCGGCGGUGGUUGGCUUCUGGCGCAAUGGAAUCGUACCGAUGCUGGAAAAGGACGACGAAGAACGUCCUAAAUACCGCGACAUUGUCUUACCGCAACUGGUCGCUUCGUGGUUCAUUCGACUCAAGGAUAACUCGGUUGUGCCUGAGUUGCUCUGUCCCGGGAUGAUGAAAAUUUUUUUCGCCAAUCUACAGCAGCUGGGCAAAUUCAGCGAAGACGUCCGUUCCCUGUAUUUAGAGGCGUGUAAAGCGAUCGUCGAAACAUACCCUAAGCUCGGCGACGAAAGUGUGCGCCUUGCGACGUACCGUUGUCUGACACAGGCCCCGAGUAGCAUUCUCAUUGAAAAGUAUGCCUCGUGCAAGCUUCUACAGAAUUUAUUGGCCACACUUUCGGUAACCAAUUUGAAGAUGGUCGCAGGAGAACUAAAAGCGAUUGUAAUUGACGCCGAACGGCAAGUGGUGGAACGGUCUUACGCCGCACACAUGCUCCAGCGUUUGCUCACCCUCAAGCAACUGACCGCAACGGAUGAAACCGGGAGCAGCCGGCCUGACGAGUGGCGUGCGAACAUGGUUAAUUUUUUCUUCACGCUCGGCGUGUUCUACUCCGCAAAUGGAGUGACGGUUCUUAAGCCAUCGAAACACAAUGCGGCCGCACCACAGGAACUGGCUAGUACGGCGCGGGGACUUUUCUUCCAUUCACUCGAGCAUCGCCACGCGAACCUUGCCGGCGAGCACGACUUUCUGCUUUCGAUCGUUCGCCGCGUGCAGGAAUCGUUAGAAUCACACGGUGGCAAAUCCUUGCGAACGGUUCUCUCCGAGGAGCAAAAGGCAAGCUGGGAUAGGGUGUACGCCAAGGUAACGGAAACUAGUGACGUUCAGAGCAAAAAGAGCAGUAAAAAGCUCCCCGUUGCUGCGGAAGGCCAGAAUAAACUGGAAGUCGUGUUCCACCUACUGUUGAUGCAAAUGGGACUGCAUCUGUUUAGCGAAAUGACCGAUCUGGCGCACAGUUCCAUUGUCGAACUGGAGUGCGUUAUGAAGCGGCUCGAUGUCAAGUCAAAACAACGCCGCCAAAGGCUAUCACUGGGGGCCGAAGAAGCGAUGGAACCGGAAUGGAUCGAAGUGGUUGUGGAUCUAUUCUUGAACCUUCUGUCGCAAAACUCACUUUUGCUGCGCAAAGUGAUUGGGCACGUGUUUCCCCACCUGUCCGGUGCGAUGACUCUGGCGGCCUUCAAUCAGAUUCUUUCGGUGGUCAAUCUGAAAGACAAAACGAACCCAUUGGCUGCCCAGGGCGAUGCGGAGGACGACGAGGAAGAGGAUGAUGAGGGUGAGUCUGAAGACGACAACGACGAUGAGGAAGAUACGGCUAAUGAUAAGAAUGACAACGAUGAUGAGGACGAAGAGGAUGAAGAAGACGACGAUGAGUUGAUGGGAGACGAAGAGGAAGAGGAAACCAUCUCGGACAAAAUGCGGCAGGCGGUGCAGGCUGCGCUUGGUGGUGCCAAUCCGGAGACCGAUACGGAAUCGCUCGAUUUGGACGAGAUCGACGAAGAGCAGGGACGCCGGCUGGACGAAGCCCUUGCGGAAGCGUUCCGUUCGUUCCAAAAUGGCCGAAAGCAAGGUGGCAAGCAGAAGCCAACCAAAGCUGAACUGCAGAUGGACACGGUCUUGACACACUUCCGUAUGCGUGUGUUCGAUCUGAUCGAUGCAUACCUGAAGCACGCCGGACCGGACAUGGCCAUCUGUCUCGAGUUGCUGGUGUACGUGUUCGAGAUGUUACCCGUCGCGAAUCGCGAAGAAACGAAGUAUGGCGCCAUCCUGAACCGCUACCGGCAGAUCUUUGCCGCUCUGACUCGCAUCAAACAGUUCCGCAGCGUCGCACCGGCUGUCCAGCUCAACCAGAUUUUGCGGGAUCUGAUCGAUAAGGUGGCCAAAGGGGCCCAGUUUCCGGAGCGCAAUCAGUACCUGCUGAAGGCAUGCCAGUUCAUAGUCCUCUGUAGCCAGCUACUGGAGAAGCAUAAUGAUGCGCCGCGAACAAACGGGACGGCGAUGGCUAAUGGUACGGAGAGCGAGUCGUCGUUGCAAGUUGACAAAGUUUUCGGCAAGCUACUGACUGAGUUCCUCACCCAUCGCCAUCCACCGAUUGCAUUCAACGUGUUCCAGAAUCUUUUCCGCAUGUCUUGGACCGGCAACUGGUAUCUGGCGGUGACGCUGACUAGCACCGGCCUUCAGGUAAACACAAUUCGUGGCCAGCGAAGAACGCAAGCGCUGCAGCUGCUGCGGGAGUUGUUGAAAAAUCGACGGUUCAUCAAUUCGGACCUACCGCGAGCGGCACCAUCCCUGCGGACCAUCUGUAUCGCCCUUACAAAGUACUUGGCUGAUUUGGAAGGAACGGUGGCGAAUGGUGACGAAGGCGCCGGUGAACGAACGAUCGGGCAGAGCGAGCUGUACGAGCUGCUGCAAGUGUUGCUUGAAAUUCACAGUCUUCUCAACAGUCUUCGGCAGUCGGGACAGGAAGAGGCCAAGAAGAAACCCAUGCUCCGAUGGGAACGGAUUGGUGCGCAGGUGCAAUCGUUGCGUCGAUUCAAUCUAAACUCGCAAACCAUGGCCAGCUAUCGUCAGCUCUGCCAACGGUUGCAGCUAACCCCAAUCGCGAAUGGAGACGUAACGGUGCCGAAAGCCACUAAAGAAAAUGGCAAUUCCGAGAAGAAACAGAGCAAAAAGGAAAACAAAAAGGAAAGCAAAAAACUAUUGACAAACGGAAAAGAGGACGCGGACGUGGAACAGCAACAGGAACCGAGGACGGUGAAUGGUCACGGUGGAGACGAGGAAGAGCCGGCAACGGAGGAGCAACUGAAGCGGAAACGAAAAAAGAAGGAUCAAGCCGAAGGGCCGGAAACGUCCUCGAAGAAGGAGAAACGACGACGAAAGGAAGCCCGACUCCAGGUUGCCUCCCAGGGCAUGGAGGCAGUUUCAUUCGUGUGAAAACAAUCGUUCCGAAUGUUUUCUGCUAGGCUACGGUCUGUUAGUUGCGAUCUAGGUUUUAGGGUAAUGUCAGCCCUAUUCUUUAAGUUACAACCAGAUACCAGAACCAGGAAAAACUAGCAUUUCAUUUCUUAUUGUGCUCUCAACCAAACGGUUUGAGCAAACCAAGCUGAUCCACCGCAAAUGGUCAUUUUCGGUGUUUCUUUCCAAACACAAAAGAAAAUAUGGUCAAUGUUACGAUUACUGGGAACAAUAAAAGU